CAAAAUAUCAUAUCCUCGGAAAGAAGAGAGAAGGAGAAGGGGGAGAGCAACCCAGAGCACACGGCGUCGCAUUUGGAACGCUCGCUGCUCGUCGCACGUACGAACCCGUGGCGUCCGCACGCGUUGCACGUACCAGAGCCUCCCCGCCGGAGAGGAUGACGCGGAGGUGCUCGCACUGCAGCAACAACGGCCACAACUCGCGCACCUGCCCCGCCCGCUCCGGCGGCGGGGUGAGGCUAUUUGGCGUGCGCCUCACAACGGCGCCGGCUCCGGCGGCGAUGAAGAAGAGCGCCAGCAUGAGCUGCAUCGCGUCCUCGCUCGGGGGCGGGUCCGGGGGCUCGUCGCCGCCGGCGGGAGGAGUGGGUGGUGGCAGGGGAGGAGGAGACGGCGGGGCCGGCUACGUCUCCGAUGAUCCCGGGCACGCCUCCUGCUCGACGAAUGGCCGCGUCGAGCGGAAGAAAGGUACACCUUGGACUGAAGAAGAGCAUAGAAUGUUUCUGAUGGGUCUUCAGAAGCUUGGUAAGGGAGAUUGGCGCGGGAUAUCUCGAAACUUUGUUGUUUCCAGGACCCCGACUCAAGUGGCAAGCCAUGCUCAAAAGUACUUUAUUAGACAGACAAACUCAUCAAGACGGAAGAGGCGGUCAAGCUUGUUUGACAUGGUUGCAGAAAUGCCAGUAGACGAGUCCCUAGCUGCUGCGGAACAAAUUACUAUCCAAAAUACUCAAGAUGAAGCUGCAAGUUCAAAUCAACUGCCGACCUUACAUCUUGGGCAUCAGAAGGAAGCAGAGUUUGCUAAGCAAAUGCCAACUUUUCAGCUAAGGCAGCAUGAGGAAUCUGAAUAUGCAGAACCUUCAUUGACAUUACCAGAUUUAGAGAUGAACUCCAGUGUACCAUUCAAUACCAUAGCUGUUCCGACGAUGCCAGCAUUCUACCCUGCGUUGGUCCCUGUUCCACUAACUCUUUGGCCUCCAAGUGUUGCCCAUGUGGAGGACGCAGGCACAACCCAUGAAAUCCUAAAACCAACUCCUUUGAAUGGUAAGGAGGUGAUUAAAGCAGAUGAUGUUGUUGGUAUGUCUAAGCUCAGCAUUGGUGAGGCCAGCUCUGGCUCCAUGGAACCCACAGCUCUUUCCCUUCAGCUUAUUGGAUCGACAGAUACAAGGCAGUCAGCUUUUCAUGUGAGUCCACCAAUGAAUAGACCUGAACUAAGCAAGAGAAACAGCAGUCCAAUUCAUGCCGUUUGAGGAAACAUGGAACAGGACCACUGGGCCAAGUCUUACAGAUUAUACUAUUGGUCCCAAUACCCCAGAAUGUUUUUUUUUUGAAAGAUCCGGUUACCCGGCAUUAUAUAAAUAAGGAGGAGACAGAGUUCACAACAUAAUGCGCGAGUGGCGCCCCCCGUGCAGCAGACUGCUACAUGGGGUUAGGAAUACAAAAACUAAUUACUCCCUAAAUUAUUAGCAACUAGUAGGGGUUUCACGGUCCUUCGUCCAGCACUAAUCCACCAUGAGCAACCAUCUCUGAUCACAGUAUGCCCCUCCAUCAUCGACAAACGGCACCAGUCUUCAACUUCCUGGUGCCACGUUCUGAUGAUAAGAUGCAUUGAUCCAAGGAGCUGCUGCUGCUUCCUCUGCAUUUGCAUAUCUAAGGGACCUCCAUCUCUGCUGCUCCAAGCUCAGCUGCAAUGGCUGCGAGUGCCCUGGAAAGCGCCUUGUCGUCCAAACAGGUUGCUGCUGUGAUGGCCUUGAUCGCCUGCUCUGGGAGGUCGUUUCCGUGACUCUGGACAUAGGCUUUGAUUGCCGCAUCUGGUGCCGCCGACUUGCCAUCGAUGAAGGAUAGCAUGUACUUCUGUAACAACUAAGUUAUUCUGUUCCAGCUUAUGUUCCUUGUCAUCGACAAAUGUAGAGAUACAUAUGUCAAGAGAAAUAUCACACCAUCAAUGUCAGACUGAAUUCUUUCCUGUUGGGGUGCUCUAUGCACCUACCUUUUCUGAUUCAUCAUCAUCCAUGCUUUGGAAAAUUGAUGUGUAAAUUUUGACAUGUAGAUGCUAUAAUUAGGCAUGUUAUGUUCCAACUCCA